AUGAUACGCAGCAUUAGCAAAGCAAACACAGCGGCCAUUAUUGUGAAAGUGGACCGGUUGUGCACACUUUAUAAUGACGGCAGUUACGUCCAGAUGAGAGGCGGACCGCCAUAUGUCCACUCAGUGGACGUACCUGUGACAAUCGAUUCUCCUGAAAGUGGGUGGUGGAUGGAUUCGGUCUCACAUCGAGCUGUAAUCGAGACGACUCUCGAGUGGGAAGAACAACCAUCGGGCACAACUAGAGCGAUGAGAAAGAUGGUCAGUCGACUUGGCGAGGGAAAGCGGCAGCUGCAACAGCGACGGGUCGCGCACCCAGCUGCCUUUUCUUUUGCUUUUAGUUCUGGUGCUUGA